AAUAAUCUGUCAUUUGCUGAACUACACUUGCUGCAAGCUUAUCAAUAUUAAUGGAGGUGGGCUGAGAUGGGAGGAGGGAUCUGUAUGACCUUUUCAAACUCGUGCUGGCUCAGACGGUCAAAAAGCAACUGAAGAGAGAGAAGCAGGACAGGAUCCAUCAUGUCUGACAAACCGGAUUUUGCAGAAAUUGAAACAUUUGAUAAGACCAAACUGAAAAAAACUGAAACCAGAGAAAAAAAUCCACUCCCCACUAAAGAAACCAUUGAACAGGAAAAGCAAAGCAAAAAUACACCCUGAAGUUGGAUCUGAAGAUAUGACUGACAUCUGCUGCUGUGGGGGUUUGGGUCCUAAGUUUUAAAAACUUUGCUAUGAGUUGGCUUUCUUUUUAAAAAUAGCAUUAUCUUUUUUUUUGUUUUCUUGGUGCAGCAAGGUUUUUGUUAAACAAAUGCUCUGAAAUUAAUCAACUCCUCCUUUUCUAUUCCUCCAAAUGGAUUGCAAUCUUGUGUCCAAUAUACAUGUGACAAUUUGCCAAAAAUGUACACUUCUGUUUUCUUGUCAACAGAAAAUAUUAUUUUCAUAUUGUGUCUGAUAUAGAACCACACAAUAAACAAGUUUCUUAUGUGUUA